AGGAGGGGAAAGAAGGUGGAGAGAGAGAGAGAGAGAGAGAGAGAGAGAGAGAGAGAGGUGUACUGUAGCUCCAUUAGCUCCCUUCCUCAGACAAAUCCUACAGGAGCAGUCAGUCUGCCGAAAGUGGGAGAGAGAGAGAGAGCACGGGAACGUCAGAGUUGGAAGACAGAGUUGGUCCCGGUUUUGCACCCUGUGCUCGGAGCAGAUGGCAUGGCAAAGUGAAGCGCUCUCGUAGUGUGUUGUCUUCAGCUGCUGUAAGGCUGUGACCACUGUACGUGCCGGAAGAUUGAGAUGCAGAGCAUUGUGGGAACAGCAACCUCAGGAACGUGACCAACCCACAAUUCCUGCUCCAGACAUUACCACCGUCUUCAGGCUUGUUGUUGGACAACCGGAGUGUACAACUCAGGAGAGUGUCUUUGCACAACUGUUAAAGGCAGUUGAGAUCAUUUCAACAGUCUGAGUGUUUAUGCUUGUGUUUGUGUGCGUGAGACCGUCUCUGACCUGCGGGGAGUCCUGGAGUCCUGUUACACCGAUAGCCGCCCCUUAUGCAUGUUUCAUUUGCUGGGAGGAGAACAGAGCCUUCCUUUGUCAUCUAAUACGUCCAAUCCACAAGCUGUAGGCCUCAAACACUCCCAUCAGUUUUGCUCACCUGCACCAGUUCGUCCAUCCAAACACCAUCAGGUGCCCUUUGUCAGUUCCUUGAGUAGCUAAAACAAGAAGGAAAGAGCCCCGGGUUCUCAAGCAAUCAUCAAGAAAGGAUUCUGUAAGGAAAUUCAGCACAGGACUGGAUGUUUUGUGCUCCGGCAUUCAGAUAAGUCUUUUUAAAGACUCUCAGGAUCAACUUAGCACCUCCAUUUCCUCUUGAAUCUUUAAUCCGGACAGCUCGGCAGUUAGCCUCUCGCCUUCCCUGGGACCGGGGUACGUCUCAAUUUAGCAUCUUAACGGUGAUCACAGCGGCAGGGGUGGUGAGUUUGGAGCAUGACGGACACGCUUCGACCGCCAUCCCUCCAGGUGCACGUCCCCCGGGACGAUCCCAGCCAUGGAGAGGAGGAGGGUGGUAGCGGAGGCGGUCAUGACAGCCUCGUCUGGUCCAGCUCGUCCACCCCCACCCUGCGGCGCCGACGUUUUAAGAUGAGACGAAUGAAAAAGCUGCCCAGCGAGCGGGAGCGGCUUGAAAACGGGCUACUGCGGCAUCCUGGAUCACGCUCGGCUUCCAAAGAGUACCUUCAGCUGCCCUCCAUCGAAAUCACGCCGUCCAGCGACGAGGACGCGGCCUGGUCCAACAGCUCCACCCCGAGCGCCUCGCCCCGGCGCAAACGCUUCCUGCUUCGCAAGUGGCUCAAGGUGCGAGAGAGGAAGGAGCAAGGCAGUGAGAGCAGCAGUCAGCAGAGUAGUCAACAAAGCAGCCAGCAGAGUAGCCAUGACGACGAUUCCAGCCGCUUCCUGACUCCCUCCAUCCGUGAGGACAGGGCUGACAGCGGAGCAGACAAGUGUAGCACUGCCAGUAACUCUAACCGGAGUUCCCCUGCUUGCUCUCCGGUUCUGCGGAAGCGUUGUCGCUCCCCGACUCUGCAGAACGUCGAGACAGACAACAUGGUGGAGAAAGGCUCAGAACAGUCCGACACGUCCAAGUCCCCCUCCACCCCCGAGCAGCUGGUCACACGAACCUUCUCCGGUCAGUCCACACGCAGCGGGGGCAAGAACUCCAAGUCUCACAAGCGACUUUCCAAAAAAAGCCAGAGCUGGUACAACGUCCUCAGUCCCACAUAUAAGCAGCGUAAUGAAGACUUCAGGAAACUCUUCAAGCAGUUGCCGGACACAGAGCGUCUUAUUGUGGACUACUCCUGCGCUCUACAGCGGGACAUUCUCCUGCAGGGCCGCCUCUACCUCUCCGAAAACUGGAUCUGUUUUUAUAGCAACAUCUUUCGCUGGGAGACACUGCUUACAGUACGGCUGAAAGACAUCUGCUCCAUGACGAAAGAGAAAACAGCACGUCUGAUUCCCAAUGCCAUCCAGGUGUGCACAGACACCGAGAAGCACUUUUUCACAUCGUUUGGUGCGAGAGACAGGACUUACAUGAUGAUGUUCAGACUGUGGCAGAAUGCACUGCUGGAUAAGCCCCUCUGCCCUAAAGAGCUCUGGCACUUUGUACAUCAGUGCUACGGCAAUGAGCUGGGCCUCACUAGUGACGAUGAAGACUACGUGCCGCCUGAUGAUGAUUUCAACACAAUGGGAUACUGUGAGGAGAUCCCAGCCGAGGAGAACGAGGUCAGUAAUGAUAACUCAUCCAAGAGCAGCAGUGAGAACAAACAAGACAACAGUUCACCUCUGACACACAAGAGAUCCAUCACCCACUCCACCAUCACCUCCACCACACCUCCCAGCAGCACGGAUACACCACUGUCUUUUGACAUUGCAGCUGAGGAGUAUACAGACUGCCUUGCUGAUGGAGAUCUGCUGCCACUCCCUCUGCUGGCUGAGGAGAGGAACAGCGAGCCGGCCAGUCCUCUGGACCCUGUGCCUGCCACAGCACUCGACUUCAACGACAAUGAGGAUAUACCCACUGAUCUCAGUGAUUCCUCAGAAACACAUGAUGAAGGAGAUGAGGUUCAAGCAUUCCACGAAGAUCUGAAUGGCCGUCAGUACAUUAACGAGGUGUAUAAAUUCAGUGUUGAUAAGCUGUACGGCAUCCUCUUCACGGAGUCCCAGUUCAUGACAGACUUUAUGGAGCAGAGGAGAUUCACAGAUGUGGUGUAUCACCCUUGGAAGAAGGAGGAUGCUGGAAAUCAGACGAGAGAGAUCAUGUACACAAUCUCCCUGACCAACCCACUGGCUCCUAAAACAGCUACAGUUACUGAGACUCAGACCCUGUAUAAGGCCAGCCAGGAGAGUGAGUGCUACAUCAUCGAUGCGGAAGUCAUCACUCAUGAUGUGCCGUACCAUGACUACUUUUACACCCUAAACCGCUACAUGCUAACACGCGUGGCCAAGAACAAGUGCCGGUUGAGGGUUUCUACAGAACUGAGGUUCAGGAAACAGCCAUGGGGGCUCGUGAAGGGCUUCAUUGAGAAGAACUUCUGGAGUGGGCUAGAUGAGAACUUUAAAAGCCUUGAGCUGGAAUUAGCAAAGAUGGAGGACGCUCUAAUGGAAAGCCACAGACUGUCUCCUAAAUCUAAAGCACUGAAGAACUCCACCCUGAGGCGGAGAAAAAGGGGUCUCACCCACCUCCGCACAGCCCAUCUAGAUGAGACUCUCAGCCCUGUUACCACACCAACAGACGAGGAGGUCAUCCACCGCAUCAAACACGUGGCAGGUUCCACUCAGACAAGACACAUUCCUGAGCACUCGCCAGGGGGCGGGAUUUUCUGUAACCUCUCUAAACCAUUACUCAUAAUCAGCUUUGUGUAA